UCUUGUGCGUGACAACACGGGGGAGACACUUUUGUUUUUUCGGAGUUCUUUUUUUUCUCUCGUUGACCAAGACAAGUGCAUCUGAUUUUUGGGGUAGCGAGGAAGACUGCAAAAUGUUGCUCGAACACCCGAGCUCAAGUUGUCAGAAUAACGCCAAUUUCUCUCGCUACAGCGCAGGCCAAGACAUCCCAGUGUGUGCAGGCUGCAACCAGCACAUCGUGGACCGCUUCAUCCUGAAAGUGUUGGAGCGCCACUGGCACAGCAAGUGCCUCAAGUGCGCCGACUGCCACACUCAGCUGGCGGACAAGUGCUUCAGCCGGGGGGAAAGCGUCUACUGCAAGGAUGACUUCUUCAAGAGAUUCGGCACCAAAUGCGCGGCAUGCCAGCAGGGCAUCCCGCCCACGCAGGUGGUGAGGCGGGCCCAGGACUUCGUUUACCACCUGCACUGCUUCGCCUGCAUCGUGUGCAAGCGGCAGCUGGCCACAGGCGACGAGUACUACCUGAUGGAGGACAGUCGGUUGGUGUGCAAAGCCGACUACGAGACCGCCAAACAGAGAGAAGCAGAUUCGACUGCGAAAAGGCCCAGAACGACCAUCACAGCCAAACAGCUGGAGACCUUAAAGAAUGCCUACAAUAACUCUCCCAAGCCGGCCCGCCACGUCCGCGAGCAGCUCUCCUCUGAGACGGGCCUGGACAUGCGGGUCGUGCAGGUUUGGUUUCAGAACCGGCGGGCCAAAGAAAAGAGAUUGAAGAAGGACGCCGGGCGCCAGAGGUGGGGCCAGUACUUCCGGAACAUGAAGAGGUCACGCGGAAGCUCCAAGUCGGACAAAGACAGCAUCCAGGAAGAGUGCAUGGACAGUGACGCCGAGGUGUCAUUUACAGAUGAACCUCCCAUGUCAGACCUUGGCCACAGCAAUGGCAUCUACAGCAGCAACUCCCCAGCCAUGGGUGGCCGCCCAGGGAGCAACAACCAUGCCUCCUUCCCUUUGGAGCACGCCACCCUGCCCUCGCAAGAUCAAUUCAACGACAUCCGCUCCAACAGCCCCUACGGCCUUCCCCAGUCGCCGGGGUCCCACUCGGCGCUACCCCGGCACCAGCCGCUCAUCACCGGCCUGGUCUAUCCUGAGUCGGGCCUGUCCAUUAUGACCCAAGGCGGGGGGGUGAACCCCGCUGUGAGGGUUUCCAUCGGUGCCGCCAAUGGCCCAAGUUCAGACCUCUCCACCGGUAGCAGUGGUGGAUACCCAGACUUCCCCGCCAGUCCAGCCUCCUGGUUGGAUGAAGUGGAUCAUGGACAAUUCUGAAUGCUUGUUUAUAAGAAACUGGACGUACUUUCAUCAUUUAGUCUGUUUUUUUUAUUGUCUUCUGUCUGGUAUUAUGGACUAAAGACCGUGAUUGUACGGCAGAGUGGUGGAAACUUGGAAAUCACUAAUAACCAAUAAUUGGUUCCGUUUUAAUGGAGGACAAACUCCUUCACAAAAAAAAAAACACUUGGACAAAUAUUCUAUGUAGCGUUCAUUUCCAGAAAAUAUGAAGACUGAGAAUUAAGCUUCCCUCAGCUCCUCUUACUGCUUUUUUGGUUGUCUACGGUGUGUUCAGGUGCAGAAGUCUUUAAUUGUCUGGUUGUUGCCAAAUGUCAAGAUAAAUAUAGUAUACUGUAUGUAUGUGUGUGUGUGUGUGUACAUAUAUAUACAUAAUGCUUUAUCAUUGUGGAGACUAUUUUUAUACGAGGACCAUUAAUCAGAGAAUCCAGUGAGUGUAGACUUUGCACUUUCUGCAAACGGUGUGGCGAGAUGUCAUCCUAACGACAGUUCCUAGGAUUCCACUUACAUCUAUGCAUUUGUCUGUCCUGUUCUACUCGAAAACAAAAAAAAAAAGGCAGACAUGCUUUCUGCAGCAACCGGGGGCCGUGAUGUAUGUAUAUGUGGAAAAAUGUUUUAUGU